AUGUCAGUCAGAGCAAUCCCAGGAUAUUUUUCUGCUUUUCCAGAAGAAGGUUUCCAAGGAUUGGAUUCCACGAAGUGUGACCAUUUGCAAUUGAUCAACCAUAAAGAUUGGAAAGAAUUAUACGAUAAAAUCCCCAAAGAUACUAGAACCUGCCGCUAUAAGCUGCUGAUCCUUGCCAGGCACGGCCAAGGAUACCACAAUGCUGCCAUACUAAGAUACGGUAUGGAGAAAUGGGAUGCAUAUUGGUCAUUACUUUCGGGUGAUGAACAUGGAGAAUGGCUUGACUCUAAAUUAACACCAGUAGGCAAAGAUCAAGUUGAAAGAACAGGUUCUAAUAUCCUGCUACCGAUGAUAAAACAGCUAGGUAUGCUACCUCAUGUUUUUUUCAGUUCUCCGAUGAGAAGAUGUCUUGAAACAUUUAUUGAGUCUUGGACGCCAGUCUUGAUCGGAAUAGAAAAAGCACCAACUAGAAAGGGAAUUUCCACACGCAUUAUAGAAAAUCUGAGGGAAACCCUGGGCUCACAUACUUGUGAUAAAAGAAUCCCCCACUCCAUGGCAGUUGGCGAAUACCAAGAUUUCUGCACGAAAUCAGGCCACUCCGUGCACUGGCAAUACGUUCAAGACUAUCCAGAAGAGGAUGAGUUGUGGCUAGCUGAUCACCGAGAAACAUUCGCAGAACUAGACAUACGUACAAAAGAUGGGUUAUCUGAGUUAUUUGGCCAACUGUCGAGCGAAGAAAAAUUCAUCUCCCUUACUUGCCAUUCAGGAGUCAUUCAAAGUGUGUUGAGAAACUUGCAGCACCCUCCAAUUUACAACUUGGAAACAGGUAAAGUUGUCGGCGUCGUGGUCGAAGUGCCAAUUGACAUUGCCAAUCAAGGCGAACUUUGA